AAUUUCCUCAUCAUCUCCUCACAGAAAAAAGAAGAAGUGUCCCCAAGAGCAAGAGAAUUUGGUGCUACACCCAGGCCCAUGGCAGCUGUCCUGUAUGUGCAGGGUGCUCUUCUCUGGCUGCACCUCACCCAAGCCUGUGAGCAGAUCCACAUCAACCAAGAGCCACAGGUCCUGGUCACAAUUACUGGAAACUCUGUCCCUAUUGACUGUGGCAUCAGUUAUACAAACAUUGAUAUUGGCACCACCAUCUUUUCGGCAGUGGAUCGGGACAAUCCUGCAGGAACAUAUAACCGGAAUGAGCAAUCGGUGGCCAUCACAGAUACUAAUGGCACCACAACUGUAUCUCACAGCGUCCAGGCAAAUGGGCAGUCUGCCAUGUACUACUGUGUCGUAACAUGUGGGACAUCCAUAAAGUCCGGCAUCGGAACCUACAUACAUGUGAUAGAUAAUGGGUAUGUGAAACCCACAGAUCCUUCUUCUCAGCUGCAGUCCAGUUUGAUUGCCCUGCUCGUCCUUCUCUUGCUCCUGUCGGCCACAGGGACUUCCCUACUGCUGCUCCCAUUUAUAUGGAAGAGAAAGGGUGGCUCCCCACCUAAGCCCCCCAGGGGUUUGACAUCAGUGUCACCUAAAGAGGACAAAGAAGCCUCCAGUUCUGUUUAUGAGUCUUUAAAGCCCUGUCCUGACUCUGAGCUCUAUCUUACACUGGAGAAGGCGCCCCCGUUACCCAAGGGCAAGGUAAUUAAUGUGGCGACACAUCAGAGUCCCAAAAGCAAAGCCAGUCCCAAGGUGAAACCAAUUGGUGCCCAAGAACUGACCCGUGGAGGAAGCAAGAAACCGCCAGUGAAGCCGAAGCCAAAAAGAAGCCACACAGAACAAGAUCUGUAUGAGAAUGUCCACCAAUAGGAUAUUUGGUGCCCACUCCUAUUUCCCCUUUCAGUAUUUACUAAUAUUUUUUUCUCCAUAUCUGAACUGAACAAGACACUGUCAAUUAUAGACAUGUUAUUGUUGUUAGUAUAUAGGGGCUGUGUCAGUGUAUAGGGCAGAGUCCUCCCAUAUAUUCCAUUUAUACUAUAGGACAGUUAUAGUGUGUGUGUUAGUGUAUAGGACACAGUCUCCCCAUAUAUCCCAUUUA